AUGAACUCAACUAGAAUAGCAGGCGGAAAUUACGCGAGAUUCGGACAGUUUCCAUUCAUGGCAGUAGUAAAUCAUCUUGUGGGUAACAGAUUAUUCAGGCAAUGCAGUGGCACGAUCAUACAUACAAGAUGGGUUCUCACAGCCGGUCAUUGCGUACAGGAUCCAUUGAAAAUCGACCGAAUGUUUUUUAUAGCGGUCGACAUCAUCAACAAGCCUAGUGUAGAAUAUGAAGCUUUUAUUCGAAACCCCGGUGUAAAAAUGAUUACAAACCAAUCAUUCGUACACCCGGAGUAUAGAGACGGACAGAGCCACAACGAUAUUGCCUUACUGCAAGUAGAUGAAAGUUUUGCAAAUAAAAAUGGUCUUGUCAUGGGGUGGAGAGAAUCAAAAAAACUGAAAUACGCUGAAGUAUCGGUUAUUCAAAAUACUGAAUGCAAACGAGUCGAACUCUCCGGAUCGGACUCUACUAGCGACGUUACUGACAAUUACGUUUACAUAGCCACAGGAUUAGGAGAAGGAACUUGCCAGAACGGUGCCCCUCUCACCGUAAAAUCAAGAAAUGACGAGUACCUUCAAAUUGGUAUUUUGGGUAUGUCAACUUGCUCUAGCAAUGUACCCGAAAUGUUACUAGGGUUUCUCCGUAUAUAA